AUGAGUGCAGCUUAGGAACUAGCAAUGAUACUUAACAAAACUGUAGCUAAUACAGCACCAUCAAAUGUUGAUUUAAAUGCAACGCUCUGGGAUAACUAUGCACGUGAAUGGUCAGUUGAUAAGGAAUGGGUAUAAAAUAUGAUAAAGGAUAAUAAUCAGCAAGAUAGAGUACAGGAUCUGAUUCUAGGUGAAGAGUGGUCAGAUCUCGCAUCCUUUGAGCAAGUCUUUAAUGACUAUAUUAUGCCAUAUCUUGGAAAGGAUAAGAAAGUUCUAGAAAUAGGAGUAGGAGGUGGUAGAGUAGCGAAAAGAACUGCUGAACAUUGCAAGGAACUUGACUGCAUUGACAUUUCUGCUGAAAUGAUCAAAAGAGCUAAAACAAAUCUUAAAGAUUACAAUAAUAUACCCAAAGAGGUGGUUGAACACGGACAAUAUGACUUCAUCUAUUCCUUUGAUGUGUUCGUGCAUGUUGACAUCCACACAUUUUAUCAUACUCUUCUUAAUCUUAAAUAAGUAAUGAGUUAAGACACUCUACUAUUUAUGAGUGUCGCCAAUCUCUGCAGUUAAAAGGGCUUCGACAGAUUCAAAAAGUAAAAGUAAUUCAAAGUCGCUGGAUUCUAUUUUAUGAGUCCAGAUAUCGUGAGAAAAAUUGUGAAUGAGGCUGGAUUUGAGUUGUAGAGAUGUUCUUUGGAUGAGGUAAAUGAAAGCUAGAAUCUUUAUUAUCAGAGAGAUAUAUUGUUUGUACUGAAAUUAAAGCCUAUUUAAGAAGAUAUUGUAAUAGCUACAAAAGCAUUUACUAUCCCUCAAAUAAUCACAGAAUUCCUUAAAGAUGUUAAAUCACAGUAAGGCAAAGUAGUCCUAGUCUCAUCUGGAGGCACUAGCGUUCCUCUUGAGAAAAAUACAGUCAGAUCAAUUGAAAACUUCAGCACAGGAUAGAGAGGAUCACGUUCUGCAGAAUAUUUCCUGAAGAGAGGUUACUUUGUUAUCUUCUUAUUCAGGGAUAAGUCGAUGCAACCUUUCAAGAGUAGAGUGAGUUUAGAUAGUGUAUUUGAUCAAGGUCUGGAAUUCGGAUAAAUAGAGAACUAGUCUUUCAAGAAAGCUAUUAGAGAAUAUAGUCAGUACAAAUCUAAGCUUUUAAGCAUUCCAUACGUCUCGCUUACUCAGUAUUUAGAUAAAUUAGAAAUGAUAUCCACUAUGAUAUCGAAUGAAGCUGUGCCAUCCAUUACAUACUUGGCAGCAGCAGUUUCUGAUUUUUACCUGCCAGAGGAAAUGAUGGCAGAGCAUAAGAUUUAGUCUCGAGAAUAUGAUGGACUUCAAUUGAAUCUCGUGCCCACUCCUAAAAAGCUUGGAUUCAUUAAAUCUGAAUGGUGUCCUUCAACCUUUUGUAUUUCUUUUAAGGUAUGUCAUAAUUAAAACAUGUAAAAAAUUUAGCUUGAGACUGAUAUAAAUAUUCUUGAGUAGAAAGCGUUGAGUGCUAUUGAAAAUUAUAAAGUAGAUAUGGUGAUUGCUAAUGAGCUAUUUACUAAUAAAUUCAAGGUUAUAAUAUAUCAGCCUCAGAAUUAGCCAAGGGUUAUAGAAGUUGAUAAGGAGAAGGUAUUAUCUGGCUAAAUAGAUAUUGAGGAAUCGAUGAUUGAUUAUAUUUCAGAGAUAUUUGAGCAAAGAUACUUAUGA